CAUCCACUGGCGCUUCUUCCAAUUCCCCUCUUCCUUCCAAUCCCACCCGCCUCGAGUCGCCCGCUCGAGAUCCGCCCCGCCGUACUGCGACAUGCUGACGCGGGGCCGCCGCUCGUCUUCCGAGUCUCCUCGUCCUGGCCGCGAUUGAGUCAGGCAGACCAGCGCCGACAAACGAGCGGAUCCGAGGGAGUCCGACGAGGAUGGAGGCGGUGGGCGGCGCCGCGGAGGAGCGGUGGGCGUCGCUUUGCAACUGUGUGGUCAACUUCCUGCUGGAGGAGAAGUACCACCUCACGGCGCUCGAGCUGCUACAGGAGCUGCAGGAGGACGGCCGCCACGCCCAGGCGCUCCGCCUCCGCUCAUUCUUCUCCGACCCCGCCUUCUUCCCCCCCGACCUGGUCGCUCGCGCCUCCUCCUCACCGCCGGGUGCUGAUCCACAGAGUUUGCUAGAAGAGAAAAUUGCAGCAGAAGAGAAGUUGGCACUCACUGAGUAUGAUCUCCGACUAGCCAAGGAAGACCUUACAUGCUUGAAGCUUGAGUUGCAAAAGCAACAAGAAUCAUCUCCUGAUAAUACAAUUGAUGCUUCUGCACAUGAAGGAUUCAACCAACAGGACCAACGAGAUGUCAAAAUUUCAGCAUUAGGCCCUCUGAAAGAUAAUGAACGGAAAGAUCUGAACUGUGCUGUAAAGGAAUACCUGCUUUUGGCUGGGUAUCGACUUGCAGCCAUGACUUUCAUUGAGGAGGUUCUUGAUCAGGAUCUUGAUGUUUGGACUAACAGUUCAGCUUGUGUGCCUGAUGCCCUUCGUCGUUAUUACUACCAGUAUCUUUCAUCUACCACUGAGGCGGCUGAGUUAAAUGCUAAUUCUAUGGGAGAAGCAGCAGCAUUGAUCAAUGAACAUGAAAACCUCAAAGGAACUGAAUCUAUAACUAUUAAGCUAGUAUCAGCAGCGGCUCUGACUGAGAACACACGGAAAGAUCAUAAAAAUACCGAAAGUACUAUUGAAGGUUCCCCAGGUUCAGAAGCACCAGUUUCUUGCUCAACUGCUGGGGGCGGUGGUUAUGGUACUUCAGGAGAAGAUGAAUCUGGCACAGAUACUUCUCCGGAAGGUAUAUCUGUUAAUGGCACUCAGCAUGGAGCUGGUAACAGCCAGGAGAAUUCAGGCAGCAUAUCAGUUUAUGUAUCGGAAGAUAAAGUUAACACUGAGAUAGUAGAGAGUCCAAGUAUACAUAAAUCGUCAUAUAAGAUGGCCUUGGAAACUAUCAAGAUAGUUUCAGAUGCUCUUCCAAAGAUAGUUCCAUAUGUGCUCAUAAACCAUCGCGAGGAGCUUCUUCCAUUGAUCAUAUGUGCUAUAGAAAGACAUCCAGAUAGCGAUGUACGGGAUUCGUUGACUCACACAUUGUUUAAUCUGAUAAAACGGCCUGAUGGACAACAGAGGCUUAUUAUAAUGGAUGCUUGCGUGGAAUUAGCCACGAGUGUUGGGGAGAUGAGAACAGAGACUGAAUUACUACCACAGUGUUGGGAACAGAUAAAUCACCAGUAUGAGGAGCGUAGGUUGCUUGUUGCUCAGUCCUGUGGAGAACUGGCAAUAUAUGUUCGUCCCGAGAUACGCGAUUCCCUUAUCCUAUCUAUUGUGCAACAACUUGUCGAAGAUUCUGCAACUGUUGUAAGGGAGGCUGCAACACAUAAUCUGGCCUUGCUGCUUCCUUUGUUUCCGAACAUGGAUAAAUAUUAUAAGGUUGAGGAGCUAUUGUUUCAGUUGGUCCGUGACCCUUCUGGGGUAGUGGUGGAUGUUGCUCUCAGAGAACUUGUUCCUGCAGUAGUAGGAUGGGGGGGUAAACUGGAUCAGAUAUUGAGAGUGUUACUGUCACAUAUCCUGGCAUCUGCUCAGCGUUGUCCAUCCGUUUCAGGGGUGGAAGGUACAAUAGACUCUCAUCUCCGUGUUUUAGGAGAACAAGAACGAUGGACCAUUGAAGUGCUCCUUCGGAUGCUGACUGAGUUGUUACCAUUUAUUCAUCAGAAAGCUAUAGAGACUUGUCCAUCAAUAGACCCCUCAGAAAACUACAUUUCAGAAUCCAGCCUAAAGCUGUAUGCAACAGGUGAGACAGAAUGGUCAGCAUUUGAGUGGAUGCACACUGAGUGCCUGCCGGAUUUGAUCAAGCUUGCCUGCUUGUUGCCUGCAAAAGAGGAUAGCUUAAGAACAGUGAUCACAAAGUACCUGUUGGCCGUAUCUGGACGCUAUGGAAAAGAUUAUCUCGAGCACAUUAUGUUACCUGUAUUUCUUAUAGCAGCUGGUGAUAUUGAUAGUGGUGAUUUUACCUAUUUUCCUCUGUCAAUCCAGUCCAAAGUUCGUGGUUUCCGUCCGAAAACUUCUGUUGCUGAAAAAAUCGCUAUCAUUUGUGUUCUUCCAUUGCUAUUGUCUGGUAUUUUGGGUUCUCCUUCAAGUCGUCAACAGUUAGAAGAAUAUUUAAGGAAAUUACUUAUCCAAAACACGAAGGAUGGUUCAUUUUCUAUGCAUCACACUGCCGAGAUCAUUGAUGCGAUCCGGUUUCUUUGCAUAUUUGAGGAGCACCAUGGAGUCAUCUUUCAUAUUCUGUGGGAGAUGGUUGCGAGCUCUGAUACCAAUUUAAAAACCAGUGCUGCAGCUUUACUGAAAGCACUUGUACCCUAUGUUGGCGUGAAAGUUGCAUCGACUCAUGUUUUGCCAGCACUCAUUACUCUUGGUUCUGAUCAAAACUCGGCUGUAAAAUAUGCUAGUAUAGAUGCAUUAGGAGCUGUUGCUCAGCAUUUCAAAAGUGACAUGGUUGUUGACAAGAUACAUAUUCAAAUGGAUGCCUUUCUUGAAGAUGGAUCACAUGAAGCUACUAUUUCGGUCAUUCGUGCACUUGCAGUAGCUGUGCCGCAUUCAACAGAUAGACUACGUGAAUAUCUUUUAACCAAGAUAUUUAGACUUACAAGUGCCCCACCUACUGAAAAUGAUAUUGAACGGCGUCGUGAAAGAGCAAAUGUAUUCUGUGAAGCGCUGUGUGCUUUGGAUGCUACAGAUCUUCCUGCUACAAGUGUACGUGAUCUACUUUUGCCCUCUAUACAGAACUUGCUAAAAGAUUUGGAUGCUCUAGACCCUGCACACAAGGAGGCACUAGAAGUUAUAGGCCGGGAAAGGUCUGGAGGUACGCUGGAGAGCAUCGGCAAGGCAAUGGGGGCACACCUUGGGAUCGCGACCUCUGUCAGCAGUUUCUUCGGCGAGAGCAAUCUGCUUGGGAAGAAAGAGGGUGGAGAGCAGCACGACCCUGCUGCUGCUUCUGUUCCUCCGCAGGUGGGCUUACAAACUCAGCAGGAGAACACGAGGUUUGGUCGCAUAAUGAGGGGUGGAUUUGGAGACAUGUUGCGAGGCAAAGCAAAGGGCGGUGAUGAACCCAGCUGAUAUUAUCAACGUUGUCAAUCAAUACAAUAUUUUCCAAAGCUUGAUUUCGGUCGUCACAGCAUGAAUAAGUUAAUGUAGAACAACAUGUUUGUUCAUUGUUUGUACUUUGUAGUGAGAUGGUAUCCAUGAGGAUGCCGCGCUUUCCCUAGCUAAGCGAUCCAAAAUUAACGAGGUGUAAUCUCAGAUCAAACAUGUUAUAUACGUACAUGAAGGUAGCAAGUGCUCCUGUAUUUUUAUUUUAUAUUUUAAAUAUAAACCAUGGCGACAGUUUCUGCGUCGACAACUA